AGCCUCUGAAUGCGACACCUUUUUUCCCCACUUUCCAAUAUAUAUAUUGGCUUUUUGCGAUUAUGUGCAGAUACACGCACAUACAUUUGAGUCCCAGGCUCCGUCUUUUCCUUCUUCUUUCUUCUCCUUUUUUUCCCUACUUGUUAGGGUUUCAAAUGCUCUUCAGCCUUGUUUUUGUAUCUGUAGUUGUGUUUCUUUUUGGUCCGAGUACUGGGUUUUGCUCUGAGGCUCGGCUUGGAUUUGGAUUCCUGGGGAUUGAAAGUGUUUGCUCAUGUCUACCCUCGUCAAUUAUCGUGGUGAAGAUGAAUUAUGUCUUGGGGGCUCUUUUUCAAUUGGUUCCCAUGUGGACAUGUACUGCCCUCCUAGCAAGCGGGCUCGGAUUGAUACCCUAUUCAACUUUGGAGGAAAUGGGUUUGAGCAGGAUGAGAAACCUUCCAUUGAAGUUCUUCCUGAGGAAUGUCUAUUUGAGAUAUUCAGACGCCUCCCUGAAGGCAAAGAGAGGAGCUCCUGUGCUUGCGUCUCCAAGCGUUGGCUUAUGCUCCUGAGUAACAUCCGUAAGGCUGAAAAUUGCAAGGAGGUGUCUGCUUCUAAUGAUGUUGAUAUGGUCACUAGUGAUGAAGAUCCAGAUCUUGAAAGUGAUGGUUACCUUAGCAGGUGUUUGGACGGGAAGAAAGCUACCGAUAUAAGACUUGCAGCAAUUGCAGUUGGAACCAGGGCCCGUGGGGGGCUAGGAAAGCUGUCCAUCCGAGGAAACAAUUCUCCUCGUGGAGUCACUGACCUUGGCCUCUCUGCUGUUGCCCACGGUUGCCCUUCUCUCAAGGUUCUUUCCUUGUGGAAUACUUUUUCUGUAGGGGAUGAUGGCCUAUCUGAGAUUGCUAAAGGAUGCCAUUUGUUGGAGAAGCUUGACCUUUGCCACUGUCCCUCAAUAUCUAACAAGGGGUUGAUUGCAAUUGCAGAGAACUGCCCUAAUUUGAUUGCAUUGAAUAUCGAAUCAUGUUCAAAUAUUGGGAACGAGGGCUUGCAAGCAAUUGGAAGGUCUUGCACCAAGCUGCAGAUUGUCUCUGUCAAAGACUGCCCCCUUGUUAGGGAUCAUGGAAUAUCAAGUCUCUUGUCAUCAGCUCUUGUCCUGUCAAAGGUAAAGCUGCAGUCCUUGAACAUCACAGAUUUCUCCCUUGCCGUUAUUGGGCACUAUGGCCAAGCCAUUACAAAUCUAGUCCUUGGUGGUCUACAAAAUGUGAGUGAGAAGGGCUUUUGGGUCAUGGGUAUUGCUCAGGGUCUACAAAAACUGGCAUCUUUGUCAGUUACUUCUUGUCGGGGGGUAACAGAUGUGAGUCUUGAAGCCAUUGGCAAGGGAUGCAUCAACCUGAAGCAGAUGUGCCUUCGCAAAUGUUGCUUUGUAUCAAACGAUGGAUUGGUAGCUUUUGCUAAAGCUGCAGGAUCACUGGAGAGCCUGCAGUUGGAAGAGUGUAACAGGGUCUCCCAACUAGGGGUUAUUGGCGCCCUCUCAAACUGCGGAACCAAGUUGAAGUCUCUUACCCUAGUGAAGUGCUUGGGAAUUAGGGAUGUGCCUAUGGGGUUUCCUGUGCCCUCUCCCUGCACAUCUCUUCGAUCAUUGUCCAUUCGAAAUUGCCCUGGGUUUGGUAGCGCUAGUCUGGCCAUGGUGGGUAAGUUGUGCCCUGGGAUUCAGCACGUAGACCUGACUGGGCUUCAUGGAAUAACAGACUCUGGGCUUCUCCCUCUUCUAGAGAGCUGCGACGCAGGACUUGUCAAGGUGAUACUUAGCAGCUGCUUGAAUUUGACAGAUGAAGUAAUUUUGGCCUUGACUAGGCUACAUGGGGGAACCCUUGAACUGCUGAAUCUUGAUGGGUGCAGGAAGAUCACUGAUGCGAGCUUGGUGGCAAUUGCUGACAAUUGCCUGUUACUCAAUGAUCUAGAUGUCUCAAAGUGUGCUAUCACUGAUUGUGGCAUCGAAGUGCUUUCUUGUGCAGAACAGCUCAAUUUGCAGGUCCUUUCAUUGUCGGGAUGUUCUGAAGUGUCAAACAAGAGCAUGCCUUUCUUGGAGAAAUUGGGGAAGACCCUGAUGGGGUUGAAUCUUCAACACUGCAAUUCAAUCAGCAGUGGCACCGUUGAACUGCUUGUGGAGAGCUUGUGGAGAUGCGAUAUUCUCUCUUAAUCGGGGAUGGAGCAUAUGCAUGUUGGGGGACCUUAGAGGUGGAUAUAGAAUUGGAUUAGGAAAUCCAAGAACUUGACGGAUAGUAGAUGCAUAAAGCUUGUACACUCAACUCACACGGGUAGCAGCAUUCAGCAUACGUUUUUAGCCGACAGCAGUGGGGUGCCGGUAGCUUAGUGGCUUGGUUAUUUUUCAGGGGAACAUGGCGGAUCACUUCUUGGUCCAUUUUUUGCAGGCUUUCCUGACAAUGGAAAGCUUGUUUCACGUAUUUAGCUUGCCAUUGAAGGGAGGCUACUGCUUUUAUGGCCGUGGUUCCCCGUGAAUACAGUUACCAAGUCCUGCUUUAAGGGUGUACCCACUUGCUCCUGGUUUUGUUUUGCUGAAUGUUGAAUGCCCAGUGUUUUAGCUUGGUCACUCGUCUUUGAUAGUGUUAAGCUUUUCAAUAUUUCCAGUCUCACAAAGUCUGUUGUCAGAUUCAGUCAAUGUUAGUUUGUCGAGUCUUUUAAGGUUCCUGCACUUGUUUGGGAUCCUUGUUUUCGUGUGUUUGCUUUGGGCUGGUUCUAAGUAUGGGUAACUUAGGAUUAAUGGCCUGAAGUGGAGGUGGCAGAGUUCAUAUCGGGUCUGCCAUGACAACCUUGUUGGUUGUUUUUUUCUUUACUCCACAUUUCUGUCCUUAGUUUUCAGGUUCCUCCUGCUUGAAUAUUGUACUUUGCAACUUCAAUGUUUCUUUUUCUCUAUAAGCUGGCAA